GACACUCAACGAUUUCUCAAUUGAUUUUCUUAUCAACAAAAAUUGAUUACAACAUAUUGGAAAUAUUUAUCACUGUUCAUCCGCUUUGCAACAGAUUUAAGUGAGUUUUGAACACAUUUCGAUCUCUUCACUUCUGCACCAACUGGAUUAGGUAUAACAUUACCAAAAGUGAUAUAAGUAGUAACAAAAUGUCAAAAGUUAUUCGUAGAAUCAUCACCACCGACAAUGCACCUAAGUCGAAAUUCCCACUCAAUCGAGCGAUUGUUGUGGAUCGAACUGUGUACCUUUCCGGUUGCAUAGGAAUGGACAAAGAUACCAUGAAACUAGCAGAGGGCGGCGUUGUUCCCGAAACAGUUCAGGCUUUGAAAAAUCUGGUCGCAGUGUUGGAAGCGUCGGGCUCCAGCGCUGAAAAGGUCGUCAAAACGACCAUAUUCGUUGCCGAUAUUGGCGAAUCAGCUUUGAUUAACGAGGAAUAUAAAAAAGUUUUCUCAAAAAACUUCCCAGCUCGAUCUUGUGUACAGGUGGCCAAGCUUCCACUAAACGCUAGGAUCGAAAUCGAAGCAAUUGCGCUAGUUGGUGACAUCGAGACUGUUUAUGAAUAAAUUGAAAUUAUUUAUUGA